AUGCCGCUCCGGAUCACCCCCGUAAAGAACCUGUUCUCGGACGACCCCCAAAGCGCCCCAGCCGGCAUUACACAAGACCUGCUAUCAGAUAGCGACGACAAUGACACUGAUGUAGAGCCAACAGAGCUCGGUGAAUAUGUCCGCUACUACCUCGACACCCUCAACGACGUCCAGUUCAAAUGGUUCACGGACAGGGAGAACUACCCGAAAAUCCUCGAGGCAUAUUCUCGUGCUCGUGGGCCUGUGAUUUCGAUUAUACAAGCACGUGUACAUAAGAGCAGGAUCCAUGGGCCGGGCGUUCCCCCAGAGCGAUGGGACAUUUAUCCGACGAUCAAUGUUCAUCUGUUGAAGGAGGCGCUGAGGGACUGCUUCCAGAAGGAGUUUGGGGAGACAUCUAGACGAAGGAGGGCGAGCGACACAGACACGGACGGGAAGCAGCCUGACCUUAGAGCUCGGCUCGUCGAAGCACGGGAGAUUACACACGCCCUCGCUAGGCUUGCCAUGAGUCCUGUAGCACUCGAAGAAGCAAUGACAGUGACACAAGCGCUUGCUCGAGCGCUCAGGGAUCAGGACGAUCCCAGAACGAGGGUCGCAACACAGGCCAUGGCUACCAGCCCUUCGAAGAACACUGAUGGAAAGCGACCAGUGAUACAGGAAAUCGCUAGUACUCCGCAGACUGUAUUGGCUGCGAAUCGCCAGAACAUUGCUACAGCUCAAGCAUCGCAGACAGUGGCAGGUUCUCCACGCCCUGAAGUUUCUACAAGCAGUCUGAACACUCCUAGAGAGCGAGCAGUAUCGCAGGCAGGGCCUUCUUCCGGUCACAUUUUGAUGUCUGAAGACGAUCGUUUUGCUGGAGCGAGAGCGGCGACCCGGGAACUGAUGGAAUCAAUGUAUGGAUCUCGCCAAAUACCAACACGUGGCACGGGGUGGCAUCCGCUCUGGACAGAAGUGCCCCGGGGAAUGGAAUCUGCUUCCCAGUCCCGGCAGUAUUGGCCUUUACCACUGCCUCAGACAAGUAUUGGAGGUGUUCCCCGCGGUUUAAGAUACCCGGGUAGCCAAGAGGACUCGAGUGACAUCCUUCCGGGUGAGAGUAUGAUGCGGCACUGA